GACUAGAUUAAAAUUCAUGCCCUGUACUUUUAAAAUAUAAUAAGAAAUUGUAAAAUAAAUAAAGUAAUGUAAUUCUCUUCAAGCAUAUUAACUAUUUAUAGAUUAUCAUAUAGCUAUAAGCAUAUAAAAGAAUUUUUUGAGGGAAAAGAGGAGAAGAAAGGCCAUGGAGAGGAGCAGCAGUGAGAAGAAGAAAAGGGUAAGUAAAGACGAAGUGAUCGCCAAACUGAAAGAUGAAGGCGAUUUUGAUAAUCUCCGUCUCAAAAUUAUCCACAAGCUCAAAGAUAACGAAGAGUUGCGCGACAGUAUUAUUUCCAUCGUAAGGCAGUCAGCAGCACUUAACCGGGCAGGAGCUGAAAACAUGAAACCUAGACAACUCUCUGAUGCCAUAUAUGAUGAGGUUGGGAACGAAGUGAUGAACAAGAUUUCUGAUGGGGUGUGGGAAAUAAUUAGAUCUGUUGAUGGCAUGAAAAACGAAAUAACAGAGACUGUACAAUCUGUCUAUGAUAAGUUGGUGGAGCCUGAAAGGAAGGGAAUGGGCGAGUCUUCUACUCAUGAUGUGAUGCUGUUUCAGAAUGAAGCUGACAAUGAGGUUACCGUCAAGGCUUCAGUUGCAGUCAAUGCAGUGGAUCAUAACUCAUCUGAUGAUGAGCUGCAAGAACCACCAGGUUUCCCCCUGCCCAUGAACAACAAUUAUGAACUCAAAGAGGAUUUACAGUUGCCUAUGCACUGUCGAAGGACUGUGGAGGAACUAAAGGAAGGGUCACACCACUGGAAAGAUGUGCUGGAGUCAGAUGAUGUUGAUCCUGAUGCACCACCCGGCUUUUCUGCAGAUAUUGAACACAAGCAGCCAUGCGACAGUAGUGAUGAGGACCCUGAUGUGCCUCCUGGUUUUGGUUAAUGAGUCCGCAGGCCUUAUAGUUUGCUGCUGGUCUUUUUCAUUUGGAAUACUUGAUAACCAUAUGAAGAAUGAUGGAGCCAUGAAUGCUGCUGUAUAUUUUCUUUCCGCUCCUUUAAUAUUUAUCACUGUAAGAUUUGCUGGUAUAUGAUCUUUGAUUCACAAUAGUUACCCAGAGCUUUGGUGGGACUGCUAACUAUAAGAGUCUAAGUGCAACUGGUUAUUUUCUCAUUGGUUUUAUGCUUUAUGGAGAAUAGGUAAGAGGUUAUGGAUAAAAUAUGAAGCACUUCUCCUCUGAAAAUUGGGUUUGUUA